ACUGUUUUUCCGCCAUAUUCAAAAGGUUGUGUGCUUGUUGUGACAUGCCAACAGCUUUAUCAUGUUCGUCACCAGCGACAAAAUGAUCUGAUAGACAAUUCACUGAUAAAUCCUUUUGGAAAAUUUAGGGAAGAAUCGAAAGCUGCAAUGGCAACCACUGCCACUGCUCAGGCUCAGCAGAAAUUUACAAAUCUUCGACGUCGCUUGGACCAGCUUGGUUAUCAGCAGCCACUUGGGAUUGAGUCACUCCCACUUGUGGAAAAACUUUUUGCUGAUCUUAUCCAUACCACCGAGAGCUUGAAAAAUGCAAAACAGCAGCUAGGCCAAAAACAAACAGAAUCUCUUGAUCUUGAGUCAGCUGUGGCACCUUAUAGGAGUGACAAUGCCAGGCUUAUAAAAGAAAACAACGAUUUGCACAUGCAAGUAAUCAAGCAGAAAGAAGAUGCUGAUGCUGUUGUCAGAGAAUUGAAAGCAUCAUUAAGGAAACUAGAACAUGAAAAUGCAGAUCUUAAAUUUCUAAAUAACCAAUAUGUGCACAAAGUUCGUCAGCUUGAGCGAGAAUCAAAAGAGAAAUCAGAGCGUAUUUUACAGCUACAGGAGAAAAAUUUCCAAGCUGUUGUACAAACACCAGGUGGCAGGAAGAAGACCAUCCCCUUCAGACGACAGCGUAUGGAGAUUGAUGCUACAGUUCCUGAUACCUACUCAGGAUCCUCUUUCCGUGUACCCCCACCUGAAGAUCCAUAUGUUGCUGAUCUCCUACAGGUUGCUGAUUCUAAAAUAGCACAGCUGGAAGCAGAAGUCUCAAGAAUUGAGGACGAAAAAGAUAUAAUGGACCGCAAGCUGAAAAACUUCCGUCAACAGGUUGAAGCUCGUGAUGAAGAGAUAGACAGAUUGACCAAAAUGUUGGACGGAGGACGGCCAUCAGAUGUGGUGUCACUGGAUGCCAAGAACCGUGCAAAUGAACGUAUGAUCUCACAUCUCAAUAUACAGGUAGACUUUUUACAACAAAAGAACAGAGAUCUUGAAAGGAAGCUUUCAGACUACCGCCUUUCAGCUGAGGAUGCAGAAUCUCGACUUGUCAAGUCGGUGGCCAGGAACCGGGAGCUGGAGAUGGAACUCAAAGGUGUAGACAGGAUGGCCAAGAAACUGCAGACAGACAAGGACGUGGUUGUUCGAGCAGCUGACAGGGAAAUGGGUGAAGCCAAGGAAGAGCUGGAAAAAUCUCGACAUGAACUUGAGGACCUUGAUAUGCAAAUAGCUCAGCUGAAGGCAGAGAACAGUCGAUUAGCCAAGGACUAUGCUGACAUGAAAGCACGAUUGACAGUUCGAGAAGCAGACACCUUAAAGCUGGAAGACCUGCUGGACAGACUUCAGGAAGAAAAGAAGCGCCUGAUACAACGUGCCAACAAACUGACUGCCAAUGAAAAAGAACUGGUGCUAGAAAUAGAACGGCUAAAGCGAAAGAAUGGGCCCAGCACCAAGAAGGGUAAGAUACCCAGUAAGCUGGAUGCUUUUAUACGUGGCAUUGAGGAAGAGCGUGAGUAUUAUCGGCAGCAAGCUGAUGCUCUGCAAAGAAUGCUUCGGGGGGAGCCUCCACGAAGUUCCAGUCCCAUCCGUUCUCGACCUUCUUCAAGGUCAGGGAGUCCUGUGAGGGAAAGGCCUGACAAAAAGAUGGUGGCUCAGCAUGAAGCUAUUGUGAGAGUUUUGGAGGAAGAAAAAGAGUAUUAUAAGAAGGAGUAUGAGACAUUGAAGGCUCUGAAACGAUCUGUAACUCCAUCACGACUCACUCCAACCAAGAGUGUAGCCGAAGAGUCAGAACUGCUGCGCUUAACACGAGAAAGGGAUGAAUUGAAGAACUUACUGGAUAAGUUUGAGCGCCACAUGGCAGAGAUCCAAGCCAAUGUGAAGGUGCUGACUGCAGAACGAGACAAACUUAACAACAUGUAUGAAGAAACCAAAGAAGAGCUAAUGCUUGUCAGACGAGAACUGAUAGCAUCACCAAAGUCCCCCAAGACUUCUCUGGCAGCCCAGGCCAUCCUUCGACGUGUCGAAAAUGAGCGAGAUGAUGCAAUAUCUGACUUGCGGCGCAUGACCACAGAGCGUGAUAGUCUGCGAGAACGAAUUAAAAUUGCCACUGAAUCUUCUCUUUCUGAUCGUGCCAAACUGGAACAGAGAGUGGAGGACCUGGAAUCAACCCUCCAUACAGUACAAGCAGAGAGGGACGAACUUUUGGUGCGUGUGGCCAACCUGAAGGAAGACGUCAAGUGCAUGGAGGACCAAGUCAAGGAUCAAGCCCUGCGUCUAAACCAGAUGGACGAAGAUUCCUCACGCCAGAAAACUUCAGCUAUGCAAUUGAAGAUGAUUGUGGAGGAGACAGAGAAGUCUCUUGCUGACACUCAACAGCGAUUGCUGCGCCGUGAGAAAGAGCUGCAGGCCCAAGAAGAGAGGGCCAUCAGUCUGGAAGAUCAGCUGACAAGUGCACAGCGCAUGGCAGCUGUGCAGCGAGAUGAAAUGUCUGCCAUGAGAACAACUCUAGCAGCUGUCGAUAGAGAAAAAGAUGCACUGCAGAUCGCUGUUGAUGAAAAGACUGAGAAAGUGGCUUAUCUCAAUGCAGAGCUUCACGACAAGGAACGCAUAAUCAGUGAUUUGAAAGUACGCGUUGGUGAACUUGAAGCCCAGUUACAACAUGCUAAUGACAACCUUAGUUUAAAGGACAGAGAAGUGAAAAGUCUCAGACGACAGCUUGAUGGUACCAAUGAAGAUCUACAGGAAACAAGUCGCUCCAGAGAUAUAGCUAUGCGUGAAAACCGACGGUUGCAAGAUGACUUGACUGUGAUGAGCAAAGAAAAUCAGAAGCUAAAUGGAGAGCUGCAGGAUACCCUUGAAGAGCGUGAGAUUCUUAAGACUCAGGCUCAGCAGUACAUUCUGGAAGUCAGACGAGUGGAGGAUUUGCUGGCCACAAAGGAGCAAGAACGUUCCGAUCUUCUUGACCAGUACCGAAAGCUGUCCAUGGAGGCUGAGCAGUACCAGACCACGUCUCACCAGCUGGAGAGUGAGGGUUCCAAUCUACGGCUGGAGUUAAUGACGAAAGAAUCAGAACUGCGACGUAUGCACGACAAAAUUGAUAACCUGGAGCGAGAGAUUGAAGAGCAUGUUCAUGCCCAGCAGUCCUAUGAGCAGCAGGUGAUCUCCCUUACGCGCUCUGUCACAACACUGGAGGAGAAUCUUCGCCAGACAGAAGAUGAGAAGGCAGUUUUGCGUGCAGACUACACUGCUGCCCGAGAGAAUGCUGCGCAACUGGAUGCUCUGAAAGAACAGCUGCAGCGUAAACUAACUGCCAUGCACCUGGAUAAAGAACAGUUGCAAUCUUUGGUGGAGGACCUGCGACAAGAAAGUGAGUUGCUACAAAGUCAGUUGAGUCAGGAGCGUGCCACUGUCAAAAACCUUGAGGCACUAUUACAGACCAACCGUGAAAAAGAGUUCCAGGGUCAGCUGCUAUCCCAGGAACGCAACACUGAGAUUCAGAUGCUGAAAGAUCGCCUGUCUCUUAAUGACAGCAAGACUCAAAGCCAGAGUCGUGAAAUUGCCUCGCUAAGGACUCGCAAUGUUGAACUUGAGGGAGAUGUAGAGCGACUUCGUCGGCAGUUGUCAAAUGAAAAAUUUGAAAGGGAUCGAGCAGUCCAAGAACUAAGACGUAAUGGCAUUGCACCACCUUUAACAUUAUCAGAAUACUCUGGAGAGCACCUACCUCGCUCACUGAGCCGUGAACGAACUCUUCCACGAUCUCGAUCAAGAUCAAGGUCUCUUAGUCCUCCACCUAGGUAUCGCAACAGCCCCAACACAUCGUUUGCUGCAAGUGUUCGUCAGCGCUCCCCAGACCGCAGCUACCUUGACUCCGAUUACCUAGACACCAUGCCAAAAACCUAUGGCCACGACGUUCUGUGACCGCUGCCAUUUGUCAUGUAGCUUUUGCUUGCUGUUUCAAUAUAAUGCAUGAGAUAGAGAGAUGACAUGCAUCAUCAGCCUGUAGAAUGACCUGGUCUCAGCUGUUUGCAUGAUGGCUGGUUGCUUCUCCUGGAUAGUGAUGUCAUUAACAUAUUUUGAUUUGAAAGAAGCAUGUUUCCAGCUGUGUAGACCACUUUAAAAGCUCUCUCUUACCGGUUGCCGUGGAUUUAUUUUGUAUUCUGUUUGUGUAUUAUGUAUCACCACUGCUUGGGAAAACACAUAGUUGUUAGAUAUUGACAUUUAUUCCAAAUUUGUGCAUGCCAUUAUGUAUUGGGGUCCACCCCUAAACAAAAAAAUCAGUUGUCAGCUUUGAGGCAUUUAUGCAACAGUUUUGGAAAAUUUAUGAUCUUAGGAUUAACUCAUCAGCUUCUCCUAUUAGUCUAUAAAGUCAUUUUCAAUUAAAUAGUAAAUUCUAAGUUGAGAUUCAUCUCAGAUUUGGAUUAGAAGAAUUGCUCAGUAAAUAUGUACGACACAAAUUUGAAUCUAUUAUCAUGACUUUUGUAGAAUCCUGCAGCAACCAAAAAUCUGGAACUUAGUAAAUUGUCUUACAAAAUAAUAAGUAAAAAUAGUGUCUUUACAGUGUACUUACAUGUAAGAAUGUGUGAGGUUUCUGGUGGUGUUAUCCAAUCCUCAUACAUUGCUCCACUGGAUUCUUCUAAUGAUAGGUAAUUUAGUCUUUUCCCUUUUCAUAUAUGGAUUUACACUUUAAAUAUUGGUUAAUACCAUUGAUACUGAAAGCCUCCACACUAUGUGGAACAUUUAUUCAAAAUAAAAGAAAAAAAGAAUUUUAAUGAUUUAAAAAUAACAGAAACAUACACUACCUCAGAUCUUACAAUAGAAGCAAAUCUCUGGCCAUUGUGAUCAGCUUGUCUGUGAUAAAUAGUUUUUCAUGAUAGCAGUCUCAUGAGAGUAGUGGACUUGAGGAGCAUGUAUAUGCUUAAGGAUAUCUUGUAUCUGCAUGGCAUCCAUAUGUGACACUACAUCCAGCUUAGAAAUGCAAGAGGUUUUUUAUUUUCUUUAACAACCUUGGAGCUGAUGCACUUUCAGCUUGAAACUAACAGUUGAUAGCUGAUGACAUUUUAUAUGCUAGUUUUUACUUCUCAAGUUUGAAAGGGGACGAAAACGAGAUGCGAGACAAGUCUUUAAAAAUUAUUCAAGUAAUAUUUUUUAUUAUUUCAAUGUAUAAAUGGAUGCAAGUUUUUUCAUACAGAUUUUUAUGUGAGAUGACAAAUGUUAAUGUAAUUUCAUACAGCUGUUUCUAGAUAUAUUAACCAACACAUUUGAGAUGUUUAUAUUUUUAACAUUCCGUCCACUUAAAUUAUGUGUAACUCAAUGUUGGGACAUCCCUUAAUGCAGUUAUGCAAAAUCUUAUUCUGUCCUAUUGUAUUUAAGAUUUAUAUGUAAAUUAUCAAAGGAUACAUUAUGCAUGUUUGAUUGGUUACUGUUCAGACUAUUUACUCUAUCAAAAUGUUUUUUGCGACUAAAGUUUUUUCUUUUGUUUUCUUCUAUAUGUUGUUUUUUUCCUCUUUAUUUUGGGGCUAAGUGUGAUGGUUAUUAAAUGAAGGUGAGUGUAAUCUUUAUGGUGCUUAUUAUAAAAACAUCCAUUUCUUCUUUUGGAAAAAGAGGACACAAAAGAUACUGCCCCUGUUCAACACCUUUUCACUGUAUCCCCAGUAAUGCUGUGUCAGAGUGAGAAAAAGAAGGGAAAAAAGUGCACAAGAGCUCAAUCUUGAAACCACAUACGUCCUGCAUCUUCAUUUCAGCCAAUGGAUGUUUAACAAGGUUCCCUAUUGCAGAUCAUCAGCCUAUUAAAGUCUAGUUUAGCAUCUGCUUUACCAUUUGAUUUUUUGGGUGGUACUCUCAGUGGCCAAAUCUUUAGCCUCCUUAACUUUUUGAAUUAGAGGCAUGCAUGCUCUCUGGCCAUGUAAAGGUGGCAAUUCUGUCCAGAAAAGAGAAAACUGUUGAGAAGUACCAGUUAAGGAUGCGUAAAGCAGGCAAAGACAAUGAUUGACCCUAUAUACUUUAUGGUGUCUGGACAUUUAUGAAAACAUUUUUGGUGAAUGACCCAAGGAGUAUUUUCUAUUGGAACAAAAAAACUUAUUUCUGAAAUACUUAUUUGUAAGACAAAUGUAAAAUGUGGACUACAAUAACUUCUCACUCUUCAAAAUCAGAUGCGAAUGUUGCAUAUUUGUGUGCCAGUUUUUAUCAAAAUGCAACAGACUGCCUAUGUUUUGCAUCAUCUUUGGCAUGUAUUAUAGUAGUUUUCGUAACUGUUUCAUUACUGAAAAAAAGAACUUCAUGGUAAUUACAUCCAACCAAUAAAAAAGAUGUUCUUAGA